UUGGCAGGAUCCUGUAGCGAGAAGGAACGGAGGUGCUAGAAGAAAUGCAGAGCAAGAAGUCUAGAGUGUCAGCUGCAAAAGGUGUGGGACGCAGUGGUGCCUCUGAGCCUUGGGAAUACCAUCAGCUCUUCUCUGUAGGUCUGUUCACUGGGCUGAAGGUUGCAUGGUAGCUGCACUCCCUUCCCCAGCAGCCUGGCUUAGGAGGAGAAAGAAGCCAUCAUGUCCCAAGGAGGAGCAGCAGCACGCAUAGCUGCCAAGCCCCAGGACCGGGGAUGGGCAUGGAUGGUUCUGCUCGCUGCAGUGCUGCUGCAGGGGCUGACGCUGGGCUUCCCCUCCUGCAUCGGUAUCUUCUUCACGGACCUCCAGCGUGAGUUCCAGGCCAGCAAUAGCGAGACGUCGUGGUUCCCGUCCAUCAUGGUGGCUGUGCUGCACGGAGGUGGGCCCCUUUGCAGCAUCUUGGUAAAGCGAUUUGGCUGCAGGUUUGCUGUGAUGCUGGGAGGCCUGCUCAGUGGAGUGGGCAUGGUGUCCAGUUCCUUCUGCAAGUCCAUCAGCCAGCUUUACUUAACAGCUGGCCUCAUCACUGGUCUGGGAUCGUGUUUCAGCUUCCAGGCAGGAGUGACUGCGCUGGGCUACUACUUUGUACGGUGGCGAACACUGGCCAAUGCCAUGGCAUCCACUGGCGUCUCUCUCGGUUUCACGCUGUGGCCGCUGCUUUCUCAAUACUUGCUGGAUGAGAUGGGCUGGAGAAACACUUUUCUUAUCUUUGGAGGAAUACUAUUGAACUGUUGUGUUUCUGGAGCCAUCAUGAGACCAGUUCAGCUGGCAUCAGGGUCACUACUACAGUCACCCAAGCCUGGAGAGGGGCCAGAGAGAAGAGCAGAAGAGGCACAACUCUCCAAUGGAGCAUCUUCUCCCCACCCCGAGCUCCAGCAUCAAACCAGAAGGACUGCAUGCUUCCAGAUGCUGCAGAAGUAUCUGGCUUUUGACAUCUUCUGUCAAAACAAAGGUUACCAGAUUUACACUAUUGGAGUGACCUGGAUGAUGAUGGGGUUUGCAUUACCGCAUGUCUACCUUGUGCCUUAUGCCAUCCAGAAUGGGGUGGAGGAACGCAGGGCAGCCCUUCUCAUCUCUGUUAUCGGGUUCAUCAACAUCUUCAUACGCCCUUUGACAGGGCUGCUCUCAGGACACAGAGUCUUCACAGGGAGACGCAUCUACCUAUUCAGCCUGGCUGUGCUUCUCUGCGGGCUGAGCAAUUUCAUUUGUGUCAUUUCAGCUGAGUUCAGCGUGCUCAUCGUCUACUGCGUCAUCCUCAGUAUAGCCAUGAGUGGCAUCGGGGCACUCACCUUCCAGGUGCUGAUGGAUGUGGUGGAGAUGGACAGGUUCUCAAGUGCUCUAGGGCUCUUCACCAUCCUGGAGAGUAUCACUCUCCUCAUUGGCCCCCCUCUCACAGGUCUCCUGGUAGAUAUAACUAGUGAUUUCCACUAUGUCUUCUACAACUCCAGUUUCUUCCUGAUAUCAGCUGCAUUAUUCAUGGGGCUCAGCUUCUGUGCUCUGGAAAAAAAAAACAAAUUGAAAGAGGCUUCAAAAGUACCUUUGGAUAAUCCCUCCAGAUAUCAAUACAAUGAAAUGCCAACUGAACCACAGUCUGAAAGUCAAUCCCCUCCAGCAGUUGUGUACAUCACAAGCAUAUGAAAAGAAAGAAAAGAAGAAGAAGAAAAAAAAAGAUGAACACAAACAAUUAUGCGGUCUGUACAAACCUAAGCAAGGCCCAGCACUGAUGGCAGAUGAGAAAACAAGCAUCUGCUUUCCACAACUGUCGUCAUCCUUCUGCCCUACAGUUCCACUCCGUGGGGCCGUGUCAGACUCUAAGUGAGAGAUCUAGACCACAGGCUGAGCCCAGAACCCAGCGGCAGCCAAAGAACAAAGAGAACUGUGCUUUCCUAAAGCAAACCAUGGGAUAACAGCCAUGGUAACCAGCGCUGAGAGACAAAAGCUGUGUCAGUUCAAUUGGUUUAAGUCAGUGCCUUUAAGAAGUCACUGGAAUUUCACAUGCACAUUUCAGUUGGUAGCACUGAACAAUAUGUAUUAAUGGCUAUGCACAGUUCUUUCACAAAGAAGUAUUAUUGCCUCAUCUGAACAUGCAAUUUUCGUGCAGACUAAUAUGACGUUUCCUGGUUGCUUCCCAUGUUGGGGGUGGCAAGACAAACACUUUCCACAGGAAGUGUGGUAUUAUUUUCCACAUCUCUAAAUAUUAUAUGGAAGCUUCUGCAUGGGUUGCAGAACUCAGCCAAGUCUCUAGUGAGAUCAAAUAUUUUCUCCUACAAGGUGUAUACAUGAGUUCUUCACGCCAAGGACAUUUUCAAAGCCUCAAAGGUUCAACUCCAGAGCAUCAAGAAGAAAAAAACCUAAACCUUUGAGUGCCUGCUUUGUAUAACUAGUGAUAUCUCAAGUGUUUCUUGAUAUAUCAUAAAACAGGAUUCAUGGCUUGUGUAAAUACACUUCUUUACAGCAUUAACUGGGACCCAUUUGGUGGGGGGAGGGCCAGCAAAGGUGUUACUAGACCUAAGAAUAAGUGUAUGCAUCCUUAUAUAGGGCCAACUUCAAAGCCACUGUAGUUCCCCUUUGUGUAAAUGAAUUUAGCUCUUUAGUCUUAGACUCUCAGACUUAAUUACACCAGCAUUCUCAUUAUAGAGAAGUUUUCACAAGCAUAACUUACAUUUCUUAUAAGCACAAGCAUAACUUACAAAGAAAUCUGUGGGGAAAAGUAUACAGAGAAAAGUCAGUGUCACUGACUUUCAUAUCCAUGCAGCCUUGAACAGCCUUGACGGUAAGUGGCUUUUCUUGCUACACUCCUGGGACUUAACUUGUAAGUGCUAAGAUGAUAGCUGCAUCAGCCUCUAGCCUCCCUCAGCACCAGCUCGAGUUGCGAACUGUUUAUAUUCUGUAUCAUUCCUGAUCUGAGAGAAGCAGAUAAUAGCUUACAAAGCACAGCAGACGAAGAUUACUCAACACAUUAGAACCAUCAGAAAGACAGAAGCAUAAAAUGGAAGGGAAAUGGAAGAAGAAACAGCUUUCAACUCAACUGCAGUGCUUAUCUUGAGAACUGUCAUAUCAGAUUCCUAGCAACAAAACCACAGUUUUCAUUAGAGCUGUGGGCUCCCCAGACAAAACAAACAAGCCAAAAAAAACCCACUGGAUGGAAAACUGACUCCAAGGUCUUCAGACUAUAAUGACUUCACAGCUGGCUUUUACAGGGGAAGAGGUAUCAGCCCUUCAGAAGGGUUCCUGCUCCCACAGCUCAGUAUCUUCUUCAAUACUGCUCUAGGGUUACUGAACCAGUAGGCUUUGCACUUCCUUAUCAAUCAUAUACUUAAAUAAGAGAACUAGUGGGAGACAUAUCUAAUGUCUCAUAACACAUGUUUAUUAACUUGUGUAAUGCUUACAUUGUCCAUAACUAUGAAGCAAACAGGGACUGGUGCUUCUCAGCUUACCAAAACAAUUACUGCUGUACAUUCCUAGGAAAAAGAUGGGGCUUUCUCCCUCUCAGAAAAAAAAAAAAACAAACCACAAUGAAAAGGGAUUAAGUCUCAAACCUCUUCCAGCUAUUGCAAAUAAA